AUGCCGGCGGAAGCGAGUUACGGCUUUGCUUCUUUCGUGAUUCACGUAGAUUGGAAUUCACUUUCUUUAGGAAAGAGAAGAGUGAAGAAGAAGUCGGAAGCAGUUCAUCGCCUGUGGGAGCUUGCUGAUAGUAAGGAAGCCAUAAUCUUUCUAUCGGAUUGCCUAUUUGUCUAUCUGUCUGGUGAAGAGAGAAUGCUGGUGGAAGACCCAAACCACAAUCAGGCUCAUCAACCUCAAGCUACUUAUAAGCCACUUUCAAAAUCAGGAAAUGUUCGGAACAGAGAACUUACAAUAAUACAACGCCGCAUUCUCCGAAGAUUGAGGAACAAGAGGAGAUCCAUUAAAAGAAAUCUUUCUCAGAGAGAAAAUCUAAACAGUAACAUCAAAUCACAAACUACACGAAAGUUGUCCCUUUAUUGGUGGGAUUUACCCAUAAGUAAGAUGCACAGAGGAAGAGAACGAACUUCAUAUAUCCCUUUUUUACUCAAUCAAGAAACAAGAUCGGACGUGAUUCCGGUUCGUCUCCGUUUUAGUGACACUCUUCCUCAAGCAAGGCAGCCGAUAAGUCAUCGAAGGGUUUGUUUGAAUAAUGGACUGGUAACCAUUACUCAUUUUAAAGUUUCCCAUGGUGAUCUAAUAUCUUUUAAAGAAAAUGACGCGAGAAAAGAAAGCAUAACUAACGAAAGAAAGAUAGAACCAGAUCCUUCUUUAAAAGAAAGCACUUUGCCUUCUCCUAAGUGGUUUUAUUUCCGUCUAAUGCUCCUUCUACCAGCAAUAGGUUAUGCUAGCUGGUUGAAUUGGCCAGACGGACUCGAAUUCUUUUUCGAAACCGUACCCGCCAUGAUCUCCUGCCUUUAUUAUUUACGAAGCGAAGUUAAGGAAAGGAGAAGACCAAAGGUCAAUGUAAUCGAACGAAGCGAAGUGAGGGAAUUAGCUGCUACGAAGCUACUGAUACGAAAGGUACGAAGUAGCUCGACUUCAAGGUACAAACGAAGCGAAGCGAAGUUCAGUCAAAGACCUUUGUUCGGACGAGAAGCAAGAGUAGCUACCAUUCUUCCUUCUAUUGGCUGUCUUCGGCAUCUGUACUACCACUGGCUAUUCUUUCUCAAUGGCUUUCUUAAAGCAGGAGCGCACGCAGUCUAG